AGAUCCUUACAGUUCGUGACCUUGAUGUCCCCAUUUGAGCACAGAGUUAAUGAGUAUGCGAUUAAUUCAAUUGGAGGAAAUUUCUGAACAUGGGCGCUGACUGCAAAUUUUCUCUGAAAAGAUUCAUUUCUCACAAUUUGUUUAUUGUUUAGCAGUGAAACCCGGAAACCUUGAUAAAUCAGCAAAAUGAAGCUCCUCCUGACAGCACUGCUACAGGCACAGCUGUGCAUAUGCAGUUUGGCAGCACAACCAGAAUACUAUGGUUAUUAUGAGGAUUCGGAUGCAGCAGCAUCAAUUGCACCAGAAGUGGUAGAUGCAGCAGACGCGGAUGGCUGGGCUACAGGCCGCCCCAUGACAGAAAGACGUCGGAACAGACCAACCUCUGAGCCGAGACCAUUGAGACAGAUGCUUGGUGUGCAGCGUUAUAUAAAUGAUGUUGUGGACUCAGAGGUCCACGAAGAGGGAGUGAGAUAUAGGUUUGAUGAUAACGUUAUCGAACGUGUGAGAGAGGACGUGAUCCCAGAGCUGUGUUACUUGACUUCAGAUAACAUCACCAUCUACAACUCCUUCCUGCUGGACCGAAACUGCAUGGAAGAAUUUGAGAGUGUCAGCCCUCAGUGCGUCGGAUUCAAAUGUGAUCUCGCUCACUACUUUUUGGAACACGGAGCAAAGAUAUUCACGGACUUCUUCAACGCCACCGAUUACAAGGAGGGCAUGGAAAUCAUCCACAGGGAGUUGUCAACUGCAUUUGAGAAAUUGGACAUGUGUACCUGCGGACGGGAGUUCUUCAAAGCUGCAUUUAAAUGUGCCCCAUUCUACAACGCCAAUGCUCUAUUUGCUGCAACGGGAAAUUACGAGGAUGAUAUUGUAAUGUUCGGAAAGAUCGCUAGAAACGUUGACGUUAAAUCUGCGAGCAAGUUCUUUGAUAGAUUGCUGGCGGGAGUGUGCGAGGAAACCAGCACUGGAAUAUGCCUCAACUCUAUUUUCAACGUUCUUGAAGAGUUAGUAGAGAUGGGUGUGAAUACUCUUGAGGAUUUCGACGAUUACGAUGACGGUGACAGAAAGUACCAGAAGGAACAAGAAAAGCGUUGUGAUGCUAUGUUUGGCUCAUACCGCGCUUGGGAGAAAGACGGUCGGGAUCUGUCCGAUUUUGACGGAGGAACUGAGGAGUUUUGGGAAGUGAUGCUCAACAUGACCGCCAAAACAACCAACGCUUUCUACUGCGAAAAGAAAUGUAAGAAGGACAGAGGAGCCUUGUACCCGUGCUGUUUGAGGAGAAUGCUGGAGGAUGAGAAAAUGUUCGACAACGUUCAAAGAGUGGUUGAAAGUGUGUACAAGAUCAUUCCCGCAACGAAUUACCGUUUUGAGUGGGACGGCUUUUACGAGUUGGAGUAUCGUUUCGAAAGAGAAUGGUCUGCUCAGGAAUUGGAAGAGAGAGCCUCCUGGACGGUCCCUGCAAACCUUCGUGACGCCUUAAUGAGGACUCUACACGCUGCAAAAUAUUGCGAGGGAAAGAUUGUUAGGUGCUCCAAGUAGUUUCGUUGAAGUCUACGGAGAUGGAAUCGUACUUUGGACAAUCAGACCAUAUGAUAUUUACUCACUAUUACGUUAUAUCUUAUUAUUUUUAUAGCUUAUUUUUAGAACUAAAAAGUAACCAAUGGCUAAUUUUAUAUAUUUUUAACCAUUGUAAAUUUAUUUCACCAACAAUUUUGUAAUAUUCGGUUUUGUUGCAAAUAUAAAAUCUAGUGAUAAUUUGAAAUAAAAAGCUUCAAUUGUUGAUUACGCGAAUAGAUUGACUGGCGAUUUCAAUCCUCCAAAGGCCUCGCAAGGCUUAUUUUAGUUUUACUCGCCAUGAGUGCGCUUUCAUUUGAAAUUGACACACGUUGUAUCAGUAUAACUAUUAUAUAGUGUACUUAUAUAUAUAAUACCUCUUUUCGCGGCGGCCUCCGGCCGAUUAGAGGUAUACAAGUUACAA